GUAAACAACACUCGCGCCUCGAGAAGGCAGUGCGUAGGACUUCCCUAACAGAGGCUAUAUACGCGUGGCCAUGUGAGAGCAUUUCGAGAGGGAGAGUGGACUCUCCCUACUUUCGGCCGUACCAGGACAUUUGAGGGCAAGUAAUUUUAGACUGACGCAUUGUCAUGGUUACCGUAGACAGACUUUCUGUUUUAGUGUUUCAUGACAGCAUUCAGGUGUAAGUUAUCCAAUCACAAAUCGUCACAUUCCACAGCAGCACGAUAACAAAACUAACAGCAUGUAAGGCAGUGAGUACAUGCACAUGUGCAUCCUAUUCUGAUUACUUCUAGUCACAAGCGUUAUAAGCAGAGAUAAACAGUUGCUAGUAGUGGAAGCCAGGAUACGCAUUUCGUCCUAGCUUGUGCAGUGGUAUGAAGUUUAAUUCAUUUUUGUAUUGAUUGUUUGAAUCUUCCCAUUGGUGUUUAGGACUGCAAUGAUAUAAGUAGCCAUGUUUUUCUGAAUUAAAAUAUUUGGUUCUUUGAUCAGCUUUCGGAAACAACAACUAGCUAUCAUUCUGAACCUCUUUGGAACUUGGAUGGACCACUUUUGUUCCUUAUUUGAUCAGAUAAAUAUUGCUAAUUGUCAUUAUUGUUAACCGGCCACAGGUAAUUUACGGAUAGAUGAACAAGCCAACAUGGAAAAGCACUGUCUCACAGUACUUCAUUGUUUAAUGUCACUUAACCCUAUUUCAUGUAAAUGAAAAUCAAAGAACUAAGCAAUAUUAAAUUUACAUCCUUACAUUAUCGUUUCAGAUCCCUAAAUGUUUAAGAAAUACACCACAACAAGCUCACUAAUGAAGUGAAAAUUAGACUAGGUUUAGAACAUUUAGUGUUGAGAAGAAAUGGUGGAUACGAGUUGAUCCAAGUUGUAUGAAAAUGUAAAAGGGCAAAUCUACUAACUUGUGGUCUUUUAUUAGGAUUGAUAUUUCAAUUCUUCCAUAACUGAUAUAUAUCAUAUGGAGUUCAACCAGAAGUGUGUUUUAUCGACCAUUCAAAUUCUAACUACUGGUUUUUUCAUCUUGACUCGAACGAUGUUGCAUAUCAAGUUGUAAGUGGAUAGAGUUAGAUGAAUCUGCACAACUAAGAUUAUAAGCUUGUUUAGGUUAUGAGAGAACUACGUUCAGCCAUUUUCUUAUUAGUGUCAGUUUCAAAUUAUUAGUUGAAUAAACGAUGUGAAAGUGAACUUAUUGUAGAUCGUUUAAACAUCAGUAACAGUUACUGGUGUAUCUCAUUAUGUAUAUCUUUUCGAAAUUUCACUCGCGAAUUUUUACGAAUAUUUUCCUUUUUCAUGAAUCACUACAGAUUUUCGCCCAAUACCUUCGAAGAAUCAUACUGCACUGGUUCCCCGAUGCACCUAAUGUACACAUAAGUCAACGAGUGGGACAACUAUGGAGAAAACUAGAUUUGAAAAUGCGUGGUAAAUACAUAGAUGAAGCUUUUCGCUUGCAACAGUUACAUGCCAUAGAAUUUCCUGACUAUAAGUAUAAACCUAAAAAACGUGCACGUAAUGUAAAUAGCGAUGACAACAAAAUUGAAGCUGAUGAAUGUAUUCCCAAGUCAGAAAUCGUCGUACAAAUUACAUCGAAAUCGAUUACGCCUAAUAACAACAAUAAUUGUAAAAUGAACCAUGAGAAUAAUGCAUUUCCCGUUGAUCAAAAUUUUUCCACUCGCUUGAACAAUCAAAAUUCUGAUGAAAGUCAUGCUCAAAACCAAACGCCAAUGAUAAUUGAACAAAACCGAACAUCUGUUGUUAACUCUAUCAAUUGCUGCAGAAAUUACUUACAACCAAAUCCACAGGUAAAUAAUAAAUUGAACAUGGAAUUAUACCAACCAGUAAAAGUAGAUUAUAAUUAUUCCCAUGCAACACGUGUUAACAAUCCAUAUGACAAAAGAGUGUUCAUAUCACCUGCCAUAAAUGACAACUAUAUUUCUAAGGAAAAUAAAGAAGUCGACGAAACAAUGACAUUAUUAGUUACUGAUAGUGGGGACAUCGAACAUGUAACUUAUCAAUUGCAUAAAAUUAUACCAUGUCAAACUACUGACGGAAUAACUGAAUCCCUGAUAUCACCAUCGUCACUAAACCAGGGAAAUCAAAUCAAGGAAAUUCGAAUUUUGAAUAUACAGUCACCAACUGUUCAACAACUUGUAAAUAAACAACCAAUGAUAUAUCGUACUUUCCUGUGUGAACCUCCCAAAGCGACUUUUAUUAGGCAGUCUACAGUAAUCCCAAUUAAAACAAAUUCCUCAAUGUUAAAUGGCAUGCUGCUGGAUACUAAUAUAAAUAAUUUAAGUUUUCAGCCAUUCAUUACACAAACAACUGACAGCACUACAUCAUACUUACCUCCGACUUCCUCUAAAAUUGGAUUUAAUCAUGAUAAAGUAAGUUCUAAUCCUUUGUCGGAAAUCAAACUAGGAAAUAUUGAAUCUCAAUAUAACAACUUGCCGAGCACCUGUAACCAUAAUAUAAGUUAUCCAAGAGAAAGACUAAGUACAAAAUAUGUUAUAAAGGACAGUCAGGUGUUAAAUUCUAAACAAGAUAUUAGUGAUGAAAAGAAGUCUGCUACUACUGAUUUAUAUGGUAUUGAUGAGAAAUUUCUCGGUGUGUUAUCCAGUCGUCAUAUAAAUACGUCCCUAUUCGUGGAGAACCUCAAGUCAAAGUAUGAAGACGAAAAUGUCGAUACAGCACUCAGUUUUAAUGAUAUUGAAACAUGCAAGUCAGGAACUUCACUUGACGAACUUGAACAGAUCACUUUAUUUUCUUGUGAUAGUAAUAACGACUUCUUACAGACUAUACCCUCUUCGAAUCUACCGACUGAAAACUCCCCAUUAAUUUUACAGUCUGCAAGUAUUAACAACUGCCCACAAACAAAACUAUCGCCUAAAGACUCAGUCUUACGUACAGAUAACUUCACGCACCCUAACGGCUUGCCAAGUAUUGAAUCAUGGACAUUUGGAACAUCAAAGUCUUUCCAACGAAGUUGAAAUAUUUCUUUUGACUUUUCUUAUAGAAAUCGUAUUCUUUUUGAUAAGAUGCAUCUCUCUUGUAAAAAUUGAUUUUUGGAAACAAUUUCCCUUUUAGUACAAAUGGAAGUGAAGGCGAAUAUGAAAAUAUUUUCUCAAUUAUUUUCCACUUUACAGUUAUUUUUGAAUGGGACCCACUUUGCUUUAUUUUCCUUUUAUGAUCAACUUUUGGUAAAUGCUUGACAGAUAAUUUUGAAUAUUUAUUGCUAUCUGCCAAUUGGUGAACAGAUCGAACAUAAUAUGCCAUUUAUAAUAUAAAUUCUUAUUUUAUGA